GUUGUUUGAGAUGUCAAUGUGUACGAAAAUGUUGUAUAUUUGAUUAGCCAAAAAAAAAUGCAAGUUUUCUGUAUUAUUUGCUCAACACGAUUGAACUGUAAUUGAUUGAUUGGUUCAACUGUGAAAAUUGGAAUAUUUUGUGAUAACUACGGCUAAGACAGUGAUCUAUCUCUCGUUCAUUUUGUCGGACAAAAUUUGUAUUUUUGCAAAUUAAAAAUGCGUACACCGAUCACCCUUCGGCGAACUCGACUUCUGCGAAUAUGCAUCGUAGCUGCAAUUGUUGUGCCAAUUUUAUAUUUGACCCUGACAUGGUCGGACGAGAAGGGCAAAUCGAUACAUUCUCAGCUGUUCGCGUCGCGGUCACCGAGAGAAGCACCGAAAUUGAUUUCAGAACUGGGCAACUUUGAGCCGAAAAAUAUUGAGACCCGUGAAGGUCCCGGUGAAGGUGGUGAAGCGUACAAUCUUCCAGAUGACAAAGCCAAUGCGGCUGCCGAAUCGGAAAUGGAAUACGGAAUGAAUAUCGCCUGUUCCGAUGAGAUAUCACUUGAUCGCACCAUUAAGGACACACGUCUUCCCGAAUGUCGCCACUGGGUGUACCCGCAUGAGUUGCCAAAAACCAGCGUUAUCAUUGUCUUCCACAACGAGGGAUUUUCGGUGCUGAUGCGAACAGUACAUUCGAUUUUGAACCGAACGCCGAAGCACAUUUUAUAUGAAAUUCUGCUGGUCGACGACUUUUCCGACAAAGAGAAUUUGAAAGACAAUUUGGAGAACUAUAUUACCCGAUACGACGGUAAAGUGAGAUUAAUUCGGAAUACAGAACGUGAAGGUCUGAUUCGGACUAGAUCGAGGGGUGCACAAGAAGCUCGGGGCGAAGUUAUUGUAUUUUUGGAUGCUCACUGUGAGGUGAACACAAAUUGGCUGCCGCCGUUGCUAGCUCCAAUUUAUCGCGACAGAACCGUUAUGACCGUGCCAAUAAUUGAUGGUAUCGAUCAUAAAACCUUUGAAUAUCGUCCGGUUUAUGCUGAUGGACAUCAUUAUAGAGGCAUUUUUGAGUGGGGAAUGUUGUACAAAGAAAACGAAGUUCCGCGAAAGGAACAGAAACGACGGGAACAGAAUAGUGAACCAUAUCGAAGUCCUACUCAUGCUGGCGGCCUGUUUGCAAUGAAUCGGAAAUACUUUUUGGAAUUGGGUGCCUACGAUGACGGUCUAUUGGUGUGGGGAGGUGAGAAUUUCGAGUUGAGUUUCAAAAUAUGGCAGUGCGGUGGAAGCAUUGAAUGGGUUCCAUGUUCACGCGUCGGUCAUGUUUAUCGCGGUUUUAUGCCGUACAAUUUCGGCAAAUUGGCCGACAAAAAGAAAGGUCCCUUGAUCACCAUCAACUACAAGCGUGUCAUCGAAACAUGGUUCGACGACAAGUACAAGGAAUACUUCUAUACACGCGAACCACUAGCUAGAUUUUUAGAUAUGGGCGAUAUCAGUCAACAGCUUGCGCUCAAAGAGCGACUGAAUUGCAAAAGUUUCCAGUGGUACAUGGACAAUGUGGCUUACGAUGUGUUCGACAAAUUUCCACAACUACCGGCCAACUUACAUUGGGGAGAUUUACGAUCAAUUGCGACCGAAUCGUGUCUGGAUGCCAUGGGUCGUCAACCACCAUCAAUAAUGGGACUGCAACAUUGCCAUGGAUUCGGCAAUAAUCAACUCAUACGCUUGAAUGCAGCCGGUCAGUUAGGCGUCGGUGAGCGGUGCAUCGAAGCAGAUACUCAGGGAAUUAAGUUAGCAUUUUGUCGGCUAGGUACUGUAGACGGUCCGUGGCAGUACGACGAAACUACGCAUACAUUGUUGCAUCGGGUGCAUAAGAAGUGCAUGGCUGUUCAUCCACAAACUAGACAAUUAUCUCUACAUCCAUGCGAUAUAAACAAUGCGUAUCAACAGUGGAAGUUCAAUCCAAUCAAGCCAAGUUGGAUGUAAGGACACAGAAAACGAACAAAGCGUUUAAAGCAUGGCAUUCGGUUGUAAAUUGUAUCUGAGUAGUUAAAUAAAAUUUUACAGUCAAGAAAACCCCGUCCUCGGAUCGAUUAAGAAAUGAAAGAAUUGAAGAACUACUUACUUGGAACAUAAUGAAGUGAUAUAAUGUUGAGUGUUUUUAGCAUGACUUUAAAGUGCCUCAAUAUUAAGUGAAAUAGUGGUUUAAGGACUCUUAGCUGAAUACAGAGUUAUCAUCAUAAGACGGUUGAAAACUAAAAUUUCGUCAUCGGACACUUGAAUGAAAUGAAAUUUUUCAAAAUACAUUAACCAUGGCCUCUAUUCGUAAACGAGUGCUGUUUAAAUCGCGCGCGUUAACCGUAAGGCUCGAUCAAUUAUUAUUAUUUUUUUUUUCUUUUCUUCGUUAUUAUAUUAUACAUAUCUCAUUAAGAAUUUAAAUUAAUUUAUUUUUAAAUUUUUUUUUUCGCUCCCCUUUGCCCGGUGCGGGAAAACUUGUAAUUCAUUUUGUUUUAAGUUACUAAGACAGCAUUUAUAAAAUGUGCGACAUUUUCGCAAUUUCUACAAUUCCAAAAUAAAAACUAAUUUUAUGUGAA